AUGAGAUCUUUUAAUCUAUUGAAAUCAUCAGGUGAAAAUAAUCUACCUUAUUUUGGCCAUAGUGUUCAAUACCAGAUUGAAGAUGAUCAUAUACCAUUUGUAAAAAAAGGUGUCCCUGUACUACAUUUAAUUCCAUUACCAUUUCCAAAAGUAUGGCAUACAAUAGCUGACAAUGCUACAAUUAUAGAUUGGGAUACAUCGAUCGAUUUAUUGUUUCUUAUAAAAUUAUUUGUUAGAAAUUAUCUACAUAUUCUAUUAUGA